GUUAGCCAGACAAACACACACCACCACCAGUGGGUUGUAGGACGGGAAAACCGACCUACCGAACCGCAGGCGGCGCCAUCAUCAACACCAACGUGCCGUCGAUUGAGAAACAGGUUAUCAAACAGGACCCGACGGCUGCAGAUCGUCGUUCAGACGGUUCGUCGUCAUCAACACGGUGUUAGUUCCCAUCCAGCAACAUGGCACGCCACAUCGCUCUACCGUCGCUGCUGAUCGCCACCUUGCUGCUCUGCCUAGUAGGAGUUGGUUUCGCCCAGAACCGCGACUUUGUGUUUCCGCCCGUAGACGAUCUGGCCAUCGGUGAUCCGUGUAUUAUUCCGCCAGUGAAGAACGGAUUUUCCCGUCCGGAGCAAGGAAUUUGCCGACGAGUGCGUGACUGUACUACCUUCCUGCCACGCCUCAUCCGCCAUCCGUUCGAUAUUCGUCGAGAUGUGUGCUUCUUCGAGGUGCAGGAGCCGGUCGUGUGUUGUACGCACGAAACCAACGACAACGCAAUAAGUUCCGAGAAUCAGCUAGAUGGCUACCCGUGGGAUUAGAUUUCACUGUAUAGUGAACAUCGACAUACUGAGAAGAUGCAGUGCAGAACAAAGAACCAAUGCAGAUCGUAAGGAUGGCGAUUGUGAUGCUGAUACUAAGGCCAGCCUCACGGGCAUGAGUCAAACGUGUUUUCCAUAUCAUAUCACCAACGGAGUGUCUUUGUCAGUGAUGAGGUACUGGUUUUAUCAUAGAUCAUAGCUACACCGAGAGAGAGAGAGAGGGAGAGAGAGUAAGAGUGAUCCCUAUUACUAGAAUAAGCAUACUCCCCUAAUGCUACGCGAAAUCACUUUGUUGUCAUGGCGACGUUGUUCAUGAUGAAGUUAUUGUUAGAAUUGAGCAGGAAAAUAAAUGCGUCGUAGAAUCUUGUACGGCACCACUACAACUUUGUCAUGUUCUGGAAUUCCAACUCGUACACCACCUGUUACCGCCACAAACAUUUGUUUCUAAACCCCCGACAAAAGGAACUGAUGAGGUGCACUGUGCAUUGCACAGCACCACCCAACACCACAGCUAUGCCAACCUUCGGCAGAACAUGCAUGCUUUCUUCCCAUGGCCAGCACCCUUUCACGUCGUCAAACCUGAUCGGAAAGCAUGGGGUUUUCCCGAGGUCGCGGUGAGUCAACGAUCGUUCCAUUCAUCAUGCAGCGACUGUUCAGCGUGGAGUUACAAAUGAGCUGGGGUCGAAAAGCAAACCAUUAUCACAUUCGGGCGCAUAUACUUAUCACGUUUACGCAUUAAGCAUUCUCAUCAUCAAUUACCAUGUUUCAAUAGACGGAAUCGCUUCAUUUUGUUGAGUGUUUACCGUCACUUUUAUCAGCUGUAGUGAAAUUAAUCAUUCUUCUCUUUCAUUUCAUUCAUCAAACUGGCCUGGUCUGUGUGAGGGAAAUAAUUUUCUGCAGGAUAACGAAUGAUACCUGAUCGUAUAAUGUACUAAUAACUUUAACAACCAACCACUACCUCCUCAGCAAACAUUGCGGUCAUGGUAUGAAGCCACAAAUCACCGAGCACGGCACACAGUUUGCGUAGCUCUCCCAACCAUCCCACUCCGUUCAUCGUGAACUGCUCUGACGUGCACGGCUCUGGGGAGUCACUUCCGAGUGAGCCCAAAACGGAAACCGGUUCCAAGCUAAUCCAAUGUGUGCAUAAUGAUUCGCGCGGGGUCCUCCUCCUUAUCAGAUCGUAGCUCCACAGCUUUCGUAAUGGCACGCCACAUCACCCUCACCGAACUGAACGGUGCUAUACGGGCGGUGCACCGGAUCGUGUUUCGGAGUAAAGUAGCACGCCGAUCCGUCGCCCUGGUAUCGUCAUAUCGUCGUUGCUUGUAUUCAAAUGUCUUUUGCUUGAUAGUAAAUGCUAUUGAGGUUCCUUUUUGCAUUGUGCAAUACAUCCUCGUACAAGCCUGCUGAUCGAAUACCGUGCAGCAGUAGGAGUCGGUCGUCGUUUGAUCGGUCGCAGUUCGGUGAG